CAUGUGUGACGGUGCAGGAAGGGGCUGGGGAAGCUCUGGGCCCAGGCAGGAGGGUUCCAGGAUCCAGGAGGGGAGGCAGGGGCCUGGCCAGCCAGUGGGGGGAGGAGCCUGACAGGGAGUGCCUAGGCCGGAAGGGAGGGCAAAGGGCUAUGUAUGUUGACCGCCUGCCCCACCCCACUGACAAGAGUCCCAGUCACCAGGCCACCCUCUCUGUCCGGGGCCCUAGAGGGAGCCCAGAAUCCCAAGUGGCUGGAGCACUGGGGGACGCCCAGAGAGAGCCCUCGCUGGACCAAGUCCUCCAGGAGCGGGAUGAAGCCAUUGCCAAGAAGCAGGCAAUGGAGGCCGAGCUGGACACAUGCAAAGCCAAGUUGCGUGCUAUGGAGGCCCAGCUGCUGGAGGUCCUGGAGGAGAAACUGAGGCUGAGGCAGGAGGUGGAGGCCUGGGAGGAAGAUAUGCAGGAGCUGGUGAGGCAGCGGGUCGAGAGUCAGCGGCAGAGAGAGUCCAGGGGCACUCUGGGUGCCCCCAUGGACCCCGGAAAUGCCAGGGCCCCCUGGGUCCGAUUCCCCCUGGGUCGGUGGGGACGCUGGUGGUGACAAG